AUGCUCUCCCUCGGCGCCUCGCACUGCUCCCUAACCGCACCAAACGGAGCACAGUAUGGCCCCGUCGCCAUCGCCCAUCGCGGAAAAGCCCUAAAGGCACUCAGUGCUGUACUCGCGAAAGGAGACGACAGUACCGUUGCCGAGAUGGAUGGCGCACUCGCAACUUGCUAUACACUUACUUUCCAAGCGCAUCACAUGAGCGACGGUGUGGUCGACUUUGCUGUGAUGGUCCGCGGUUGCGGCCUCGUCACGCAGUGGUACCUGCAGCAACGUCGCGACAGCGCCAUAUUCCCAAUACAGUCAAAUGACAACACGAUACAAAUGAUCACGUCAUGGCUACCGUGGGAGCCACAACAUAUCCAGGAUGAGGACAAGAUAAUUUCAUGCAUCGCAGCCCUCGAUAGUCUGCAGCCAUUUCUACAGUCACCUGCCCACCACGCCUUCUAUAACGCGCUCCGGCUCGCCUAUCAAGCAAUGGUCAUGUCGCACCGGGAUGCAUUUACCCGGCUUUCGAUGAUCUACGUAACAUGGGGACUAAUGGACAACGUUGAGUUCCUUACCUUCAUUGCGCCUGGAAAUCACGUCUCCCGGGCACUGUUCGUACAUUACAUCCUCGUCGACUCGUUCCUGCUACCUGUCCACACGGAGAUUGGCCGCGCACGGAAUCUCAAAUACGGCGGAGGUCACUUUAUGAUUUAUCGCUGGGCUGAGACGGUUUACGCGGGCUUGCCGGAGUCAUUGCAGGAGUUGGUAGUCGACACGCUCAGGGUGCUCGCCGUGCAUCUUCUUUCGGAAGUCGCUACGCAUCGAGAGAAUUUCCCGAUGUGGCUGCAUCAUAUUCCAGCGUUUAUGGAGUGGGCGCGCAAGCGGAUACCACCGGAGGAGAUGGUGUUGUAUAAUGUUGAAUAG